AUGGAGCGCUGUAAUUGGUCAGAGUGCUCUGCUGCGUGCGGACGGCCGGAGGCGGCGGUAGAGGAGAAGGAAAAGGAGAAGGUGGAGGCUGCUGGCUGCGGAGCGGGCCGUAGUAGCGGUCUGAUGAUGGCAGAAAUGCAGCUUCAGAAAAAAGGCAAAAAAGCAGAUGAUGGGAUUGGCAGUGUGGUGGACUUCCUAUUGGCCAACGCCAGACUGGUGCUCGGUGUGGGAGGAGCCGCCAUGCUUGGUAUUGCCACACUGGCUGUAAAACGGCUUAUUGACCGGGCAGCCUCUCCUCCCGAUGAGAAAGACCCAGAGAUGAAGGCAGAGCAGAAGUCUUUUGAGGAGAGCUGGAAAGAGGCUGUUUUGUUAAAGGCCUCUCCACAACUUUCACGGAGGACAAAGCGUGCCGAUCUCUCAGCGCUUCAUUACCACCCCCAGAGCCCAGCCAGCCUGCUAAAGAAGUCACUGCUGUUGCUGAAGAGAAUGUCCCUGUUGAAGUGAAGAAGACCCCUAUCUGUUUUACCCUGCAGGAGAUGCUCCUGGAUUAUUACAGAAUUGAAGCCUGUGUGUCAGAAUCUCAGACCGAAGCAGUCAGACAGCUGGUGCUGGACAUCAGGAACGAGCUGCAGGACUUUCUGAAGGCCAAGCACCCAGAAAUGCCUUUUUCUGCCCUGCAGCUAGGGGGCUCUCUGGGUAACGAUCUUCCCAUGGCCUGCAUAGACCACACAUGCUUGUUGCUACCUCUGAUCUUGGAGCCCCAUUUGUGGACUUUUGUACCAGGACAGGCAACUAUCCUUAAUGACCCUCAGUUCUGGAUGAUUAAACGGGUCAACCUAGAGUACACAGCUCGGGGAAGCAGUCUCUGGGAUCGGUUCAUGCUAGGAGGCUACCUCUCCACUCGGACAAUCGUUGAAUCCUUGCACAAGAUAAUUGUUGGGUCCAUCAACUGGCCAGCCAUAGGAACAGUGUUAGAGUGUACUAUAAGGCCAGUCAUUAAUCCGGAUGACCUUAAACUGGAAGUGACCCACAAUGACUUCACACUGGUGAUUGACAUUAUCCCGAUGGCUGAAACCAAAGACCUAGUCCUGCUGGCUUAUUCACACUCAACAGCUCCUGCAGAAAACCUUUGGCACAGAAGCUUCUUCUGUGAAGAAAAUGGCCGGCUUCAAGACCUAGACAGUGCUGACUCCGGGGUCAGACAAAAGUGCCUCCAGAUUCUCAAAAGCAUCUGCAAAAAGCGCCCUGGUCUCACUCAGUUGUCCUCAACCCACGUAAAGCACGUCCUCUUGCACAUCAGUAAUGAGCCCUCUGAUUGGACAGAGGCCGCUUUGUCUGAUCGAUUUCUGCAAGUCAUUGAGGCUCUCAUUGGAUUCUUGGAUCAAGGGUUCCUCCCCUGUUUUUUUGAUGAUGCAGUCAAUUUAUUUUCUUGUCUGACAGAGGAUGACAUAGAAGAGAUAGGAUACAGCCUGUAUCAGAUUUUUUCUAAGCCAGAGUCAUUGUUAAACAAAUGA